AGCUCCGCCCCGGCGCCACGGACUCUUCGGUUGGCCGACGCGAAAAACUACAUGUUCCCUGCGGCCGUCCACCGAUGGGUGCCCCUCCCUCCAAAAGGGUCGAACACAACGAAUUUCACAUAAACAAAUUAUACGAUUCAUUGUUUUAUUAUUAUCAUCAUCAUCAUCGUCAGCCGCGGAGUGUAUCAUAUACUUGUCUAUGCGCGGAGCUACCCGUGCGCACUGCAUUUCCGCACCGACGGCCGUCUAGCGCUACACACCGAUCGACCAAUGUCGUCGUCGUCUUCGUCAACCGCGGUCACUCAGCCCAGCCCGCUGUCGGACGGACUGUCUUCGUUGGUGUUGUCCAAGAGGUACCUGUCGUGCGCCAAACCGCCGCACGUGUACAAGCUGGAACGCGAGAACAAUCUGCUGGACGGCGGCGGCGGCGGAGGAAUCUGCGAAGACUCUGUCGCCGCCGACUGUUGGCAGUCGACAGCCUGGGUGCCACCACCGACCGCGACCGCCGCGGUGCACGCCCGCUACGAACCCUCGGACGUGUUCACGCCGCUGGUGUUCGAAGAGAUGCAACCGUCGUCGCCGCCACCGCAGAUGUCCAUGUGGUUACGGCCGGUGGAACGUCACAAUCAGCAGCAGCAGCAGCAGCAGCAGCCGACGCAUCACCACGUGCAGGCGACGUCCGGCUCGGGUAAUAUGCAGCAAAGGCGCCCGUUACAGCACCUGCCACCGCCAGCACAAUCGUCGCUGCAGCCGCCUGCCAAGAUCACGUCAGUCGCCGAACCACAACACCAGAACGGCCACAAGCCCGGCGACUUGAGUUGGCUGGUCAACUUUCAGGUUGCGUCCAUAUUUGAACCAACCUGUAACGACAGUACCACCGGUGGCGGUGGUGCUGGUGCAGGAGUUAAUGUCUCGGGCAACGAAUGGCUGGAGCCGGAGACGUUGAAACAGAAAAAGAAAGCCACCAAAUUAGAUCAAAAACCUUCGUCCAAAACCAAUCGAAAACCAUAUAGAAUGCCACCUUCAAGGUUAGACAAAGCUAAUAAACCUGGAUAUACCUAUACAGAAAUGAUUCAUCAAGCCUUGAUUGAAAAAAAAGAACUACCAGUAGCAGAAAUUUAUCAAUGGAUAUCAAGUCAUUUUCCUUAUUUUCGUGAAGACGACGAACGUUGGAAGAACUCCGUACGUCACAAUUUGUCCAUCAACCCCAAUUUCCGAAAAGGUAGAAAAUCUCAAGGGGCCGGUCAUUAUUGGCGGCUGUGUAAUACAGAAGAGAGUCUGGGACACCGAGAGUAUUCCAUGACCACCGAAGACGACACAUCUUCGCCACAAGAGUCAUCUGAAUUAGAACAAGCUUGCAAGUAUUUAGAAGGCGAGCUACACCGAGAAGAUAGUUUGGAAGAUGUGAAAAUGAUUCAGAGUAUCAACACAGAAUUAGAAAAUGAAAUAUAUACCAAUUCGUUUUUGAUUUCCAGUCCGUCAAAGUAUGUAAACGAACAAAUCAGUUUAUCAAAUAAUGAUUUUCAUUCGUACAGUGAUAACUUGUUGGAGGAGUCCAUUGACUUUCAAUAUUACAAUUUAUAAAACUUCCAGCUCAAACUACUUUGGUUUCCAAAAUUCCAAUUAUUUUACAUAUAUAUAUUUAAGACUGACCAACAGGUGACCUUUUUAUAAAAUUAAUUUUAAUACAUGAUUGAUUAAUUACAUCAAUCCAGACACUCAUAUUUGUUCAGUUUGCGUUUAUGUUUGAUUGUUUGAAGCUUUUUUUAUGUUACCAUUGUGUAAAAAUUUUUUGAUCAUCCUGAUUCUAGUCAAUUA